AUGAGGGCUCCUGUCAGCAAAGAGUCUGAUGACUCUAACGGUGAUGCUGAUGAUGAGGGCAUGUGGCCCAUGCCAACCAAAAAGUCAUUGGCCGCCGCUGCACCAUCACCGGCCGGAGUUCCCAAAGUGCGGCCUAGGUUCAUCAAACGAGCUCAUGUCAGUUCCGCCGAUGAAGAAUCUGACAAGACUGAUGCAGAUGUGCCUCUGCCGAAGGUAAACAAACAUGCACCCUACCGUGUAAGGAAAGGUGCAAAUGCAACACGAGGUGACCUGGUGGGACACCCAUCGGAGUCAGAUGACCAACCGGCACCCAAGAGCAUUGGCAAGAGAGUCAGAACUUGGCCUGCCAUCAUCUCACCCCGAACAGACUCGGCAUAUGAAGACCGACCGAUUAUAGAUUUGGUCAGACAGGUCUCUCAUGAUAGAGGGGCCUAUGCAGCAGGCAAAACCUGCAUGCCCGUUGCACAGGUGACCGAGGGAUCAGAAGAUGAAAGUUGUAGCCAUAUUGGCACGAAGGCCAGGUAUGAGCCAGCCUGCUCACAUCAUACCGCCCAGCAAGUUCGUGGCUUCGGCCCACAUUCAACUCGUCAAGGUCUUGAACAUAUUCGGACAUCCCCCGUGGUGCCGGACCAGACACUGAAAAAGACCAGGGCUGCCCGAGAUGUAUUACCGGCGGUAAAUAACCGAUUGCCGAGGAAGACAACGGCUCCCAGAGAGCGGUCACCGGCGAUAAAUGACCAGUCGGCCAAGAAGACCAAGGUCACCAAAUCGGCGGCUUGCUCAAUUCCCGAUGCACCGGCAAAGAGUACCAGGAGCAAGGUCGACAAUGCGCUUGGCACCCAAAUUCGGCAAAAGCCUAAGAGAUAUGCUGACUACGUGUAG